AUGAUCAUCGGCGGUCGAGAACGCCGAGCCAGACGGACGGCUCUCUUGUUUGUGGGCGGGAUGUUGUUGCGGAACUAGCCGGGCUCAUCCUCGAAUGACAAGGCUUGCUUUAAGAUCCAAAUCUAGAUCGAUCCCGAGACGAGAUCGCGCCGAGCCGAAUCAUCGUCACAAUCGGCUGGGCAAGGCGCGCGUGAGUCGCUUCAGGCGCCCGUGACGACGCGUUGCGACACCUAUAGCUGCACGUCGCGCCGCGUCACGCGCACGGGCGCCGCUCGGGCUCACUUCAAUCAAUGAACUUGCACACGGCAGUGACGCGGCGGCGGCACCAGGCGGCACCGAGGGAGCGGUUACGGUGCCGAGCAUCCACACCGUUUUCACCUCCCUCCCUUUCCUCCGUCCUCGUCUGUCUCUACUUUAUCCAUCAACCUCCCUUCUGGACAUCCACUUUCCGUCCAGCAACCGAUUCCUCCUGUCUCAGGUGAGCUUUUUACUUCCGGCACUCGGUGUGAUUUGUCACCUCUUGUGCGAGAGGAGAGGGUGGUCGGCAGCUCGACCGCGCGAGUGCACGCGCCUCGCGCUGCCUCCUUUCAGACUUUGUAAAAUCGACCCGUGCCCCAAUCGCUGACCUGCUCAUCCCUGUGCUUCCAUCGUUUUCCCCGUCGCAUCUGCACUCUUCCUCCUUCCUCCUGUGCUGCUACCGCUCUCUCCCUCUGCGACCGCGAACCUCCCUUUUGCUCGUUGGUGGCGUGUCGUCCCCAGUCGUUCCGCGCGCUCUCGGUCGUUCCGCGCGCUCUCGGUCGCUCGGCUCGCCCUCGCUCGCUCGCGCCUCCUCCAACCGUCCAACUCGCACUUGGGCUUUGUUCAACUUUUGGCUGCCGGCUCAGUCACUCAGGAAGAACCAGUACACCAUUCACGGCGCCCUCUCAUAGACCAAUUCACUUUUUGGUCCCUCUCCUCUACCCUACCCCCGCUCCUGCCCAUCAUACAAUAGUAAGUUCUCUCCCCGUGUGGCUGUGCUUGCCGCUCAAAGGGAGCGCGAUUUCCGUCCCCGUCGACGCGCGCGCGCGCUGACGCCUCGCUCCGCCGCGCUACCCAUUUUUUUUGCCUUUGUGUCGGAACGCUCGCGACUGACCACUCUCGGUACCUCGUCAACCUUCGACUUCUGUCGUAACAGUGCUUUCCUCAUUAUCUCUUCCUUUGGCGUUGAUCGUUAUCACAUGGGCUUCUGUCGCUUCGGCUUCAACUCAGGGCCGUGGGCUGCCGUCCGACGCGGCCGCACGCCACCAACGACUCGCGCGUGCCCAACAAGCAGGUUCGGGCCAUCACUGGUCCCUGGACCGACUUCCAGGCGGGUCACCGCAUCGUUUCGUCCGAGCCCGACGGGGUGACAAGGCGCAAAAGCAUGUGCGUGGCGUAACGACCUCGGAGCCGACCAAUCUGUCCAAGGGGUCGCUCACCGUCGCCCAGGGUUGCACCAAAUUCUACAAAGUCAAGCCCAACGACUCGUGCUACUCCGCAAUUGCGGCGUCCAACUCGAAACUCACCCUCGACGAGUUUUACGCCUUGAACCCUCAGGUCGAUGGCAAGUGCUUCAACCUGUGGACAAGGUACCACUACUGCGUCGAGAAAGGUCAGUCUGCCGUCCCCUAUCUUCCCUUGCGGACGAGAGAAGGGUAGCUGACCCAUCUGGCUGCCCCCCACCCCGAAGCAGCCCCUGGCAAGUCCAAAGCUAAGGUCCACGUCGCUUCGGCAAAGAAGGCCGCGACCACGACCGAGACCAAGAAGCCAGUCCAGACCAAGAAGCAAGUUGAGAUCAAGAAGCCAGUCGAGACCAAGAAGCCAGUCGAGAAGCCCAGCGCGCCGACCGACGACGACGAAGAUGAUGGGGAGUGCGAUGCUGACGACGAUGAUGGCAGCACCCCGAAGUCAACAACGAAAGAGCCGGCCAAGACGACCGCCCUCGCUGAGAGCAGCGGGACCUCGCACCCCAAGAACACCGGCGGCGCUGUCAAGGCCUUCGUCUCGGGUGGCACCAACAACAAAGGUGACGGCAGCCACGAUGACCCUUCCACGAGCAGUGCGCCGCCAGCCACUACCCAGCAACCGAAACCGUCCGUGCCCUCUCCGACGGGGUCAUCGUCCUCCGGGAGCUCGUCUGGAGGCUCGUACCCGCCGCCGAGUGCUGUGGAGGGAAUCAUGCGCGAGCGAGGCAUAACUACUUUCAUGGGGAAUAAUACACACGGAAUCCUCUCUUGGUUCCGGACCAACAGCGCUCAAGACUCGACCAAUGGCCGUUCGUGGUGCUACAACUCAUAUGACGCGUACAACGACAAUAUCAUGGGUUUCGCCAUCGAUGUCAAUACCAUGCUCGCCAACUUUGACAAUUCCAACAUCAAGGCCGGUCAGGCGUUCUGCGGCGCGAACGCCAACUUCACCAGCCACGACGGCAAAGUCUACCAGCUCUCUAUGAUCGACGGCUUCGAUUCCAAGUGGAGCCACGGCAAAACCAACGCCGCCGACCUGACCGUGGCCGCCUGGACCGCACUUGCUGGCUUCUUCAGGGGCAACAAGAACGACGUCUUGCAGCGAAGCAGUUGGCAAUGGACGGGGACAUGGGAGUCCAAAUACGCUUUCAAUGGUGGAAAACCCGUGUAG